AUGGCCGGACAGAUACGUCAGCCAUCUCCGCCCACUCCUACAUCAAACCCCUCCAAAAUGGAAUCAAUUAUUACGGAUAUCUAUAAUAAACUUUCCAAACUAGAUACCCUGGACAACAUCAUGAGUAGGCUAUCGGCAAUAGAGACUAGAUUUGGAAAACUUGAAAACGCUAUUACGGCAAUAAAACAAGAAAUGACUACUCAAGGUGAGAGAUUAGAAGGUGUUGAAAUGAACAAUUCAUUAUUAGAGGAGAGACUUAAUCAAGUUGAACAAGAGAGAGAUAUCGCUAGAGAAUGCUGCAAUGAUUUACAUGAGAGCAUGCUUGAAAUGCAGACCAGGUCGAUGAAAGACAAUCUAAUAUUCGGAGGGAUAGAGGAAACUGGAACUGGUGAAGAUUCUGAACAAGUUGUCAAAGACUUCAUCAAGACAGAACUUGGUAUUAGUGAUGAAGUGGAAUUUCAUGUUGUCCAUCGACUACGUCAGCGCGACGACGGUAAACCCAGAUCAAUCGUUGCCAAAUUCGUAAACCGGAAAGAUCGGGAGCGUGUCCUUCGUGCUGCCCCUGCCAAACUUUCCACCAAACGUCAAUUUAGCAUAAAUGAACAGUUUCCCCCAGAAAUUAAUGAGCGACGACGGGCACUCUACCCCGUAUUUAAGGAGGCUAAACGCAACAACCGGCAAGCGCGUCUAAAGGCGGACAAACUGUUCAUCGACGGACGUCCAUACCAACCACCGCCCCAGCAGCAGUACCACGGUCCCACGGAUGCACCACCGCGCCGCGCACCUAUGAGAGGACACCACGGUCCUCCUCCGCGAGGUCAUCAGUCACCACAAAGCCACCCUCAGCUCCAUCAACAGGGCAACUUCGACCUGUCGGGACCACGUGACCACCGUCGCUAG